CAUGCAAGUUGUAUAUGCCCUUACCGUUUCGCUCAGCUACUCCGUCCUCUCCUCCUCACAGCUAUACGGCGACGACCUAACCCUAGCGCCACCACUACACCGGCGUGCAUCACCGCCUCCGGCAGCCCCCCUGAACAAGUUCUCCUUGGAAUUCCGAUCUUUCUAGAAGUCAGAGUUUGCUCUCUCUAGGGUUAGAGGUUUGGAGCCACCGCCCCUCUCUCCCCGUCCCCAUGGCCGACCUCGGCAGCUUCGGCAGGCGGCGGCAGCCGACUGCUGCGGAGGUGGUGGGGCGCCUCAAGGAUGACGGAGAUUUCGACGCCCUCCGCCGCGCCAUCGUCCGCAAGGUCAAGGACAACGAGGUGCUGCGCAACAACAUAAUCACAGAAGUGAAGCAGUCAAUGGUACUAAGUGAAGAUGGCUCUGAAAAGUUAAAGCUAAAAGAACUCUCUGAUGCGAUUUUUCAAGACGUAGGGAGCAAAAUAAUGGGUCAAAUAUCAGACGAGGUGUGGAGUGUCAUCCAGUCAGGUGAAACUGAUAUCCGAGGAAGUGUGGAAGCUGUCUUCGAUAGGAUAAUGAACCCUGAACAGCAACAGGACACAGGGCCUUCUCCCAAGAAGCUGAAGAGAAAUGGCAAAGGAGAGCAAGUUUCGCCAGCAAAGGCAUCAGCCCCUGUUACUGUCCAGGUGGAAGAUGAUGAUCCAGAGGAACCACCAGGGUUUGGUUUGAGUGACCUUCAGCGCAGCAACAUGGUAGUAAAGCAGGAGCAGCCAUGUGAUGAUGGGCAGAAUCAUACCCAAGUGAAACCAAAUGGUGGUGAGCUAGUGGGAGCUGGUAGCUUGGGGGACGCCGAUGAUGAGGAUCCUGAUGUGCCUCCUGGAUUUGAUGCGCCUCCUGGAUUUGGUUAACAGCCUCCUGGAUUUGGUUGACAGCCCUGCGAUCUUCUAUGACAGUGUCGUCGUUUCUGUGGCAGCAAUGCGCGAGAAGAUUUCUUGUUUGCUGCUUUGAGGGUGUAGCUGUUCAUACGAGAACCUUGAGUCAUGAAAGUGAACCUGUACAUUCUGUGAUGGUGGCAACUGCCAAGUUCAUACCGCCCUUGGCUUUAGCUUUGUUGUGUUAAUCAGAAGACAUAUAUUGACAAUAGACUAAAUAUUUUGCCCGAACAAUGGCGUCGUCCUAUGCAUCAUCUCCAGAUUGUGAUACACAGUACUCCUGAGAGUGGUAGUAGAUAUGCUGUUCGUUUAAUGACUAAAGGUGGUGUUCUGUUUUUUUUAAUGAGAUCAUGCUUUUUUGGCAAA